UGGUGAUGAACAAGUGAAGAUAUGAUGACGUGCUGUGGCGGUAUAAUGAAGGAGGAGAAACAGAGCGCCCUCUGGUGGUUGUUAGUAAAAUUCACGCCUCUUCUGGAGCAGCACUGCACUGAAACGCAGCAUCAGGAAAUCGACUGAAAAAAGAGCUUCAGGAUGUCGCUGAUGAUAAGCAGGGCCGAGGGGGUGACGGUAUACACUGUGCAAUCCAACCCCAAAAGUAAAUGGCCGCUCCUCUGCCAGAUCCUGGGCACCAUGUGCUACAGCCCCGUGUGCUCGGUGUCUCUGAGACUGAAGCAGCAGAUUGGCUGCGCUCUCACAGCGCUGGCGACUAUACAGAUCAUGGUUGGAAUAAUGAAUCUGGGCUUUGGGAUUUUGAGUACAGCCAUCGGUGAUCUUGGUCUUGCUCCCUUUUGGCUAGGAGGCAUGUUUAUUGCAGUUGGAAUCAUGUGCAUCCUAGCUGAAAAGUUUCCGAGCCCAUGUCUGGUUGUCCUGACCGUGGUGAUGAACAUAGUGAGCAGUGCAUUAGCUAUAACUGCCAUCGUGCUUUAUUCAGUGGAUUUGGCACAAAUACGGUACAUUUACGGGUGUGAACUUCCUAAACGUGAGCCGGACGAUCGGUAUUACUGGACAACUGCAUCUCCUUCGAAAAAAGCUCAGUUGGAUGAGCUGUUUGAGAUAAAACUGGAGAACUACAGACGUUGUGAGCAAAACAAGCACCUUAUUCAGACCAUCUGCGGAGGCCUGGACAUCAUGAUGAUUGUGCUCGCUGUUCUUCAGCUCUGCGUCACCAUCAGCUGGUGUGUCCUGAACACAAAAGCGCUGUGCAAGAACAACGCAGACGGACAGGACAUGGAGGAUCCAGAACUUUGCAAACCCCUCAUGGAGCCAGAAACUCCCAAUCCAGAGUGUUAGAAACACUAAAGCCACUACAGUUAGACUAGCUGCUAUCCAGCACUUUCCUCUCUGUCACGUUUUUGUUUUUUAAAGUAUCUACAUGGUUAUUAAAAUCAGUGUUAAUUUGCAUGACAUUUGCUUUCUACAGUUACACAGAUUUGUUUUUGUAAGCACAAUUUCAGAAUCAUUAUUAAAGCAUGUUCACCUGUUAUAUCAACCACCAUUGUGCAUAUGCUUGGUAAAAUAGAAAUAAAUGUAAAGAAGUCAAUAAAAAUGGGCAUUUUGUUCAUAAAAA